AUGGAUAAUGGAAUUCAAACAAAGCUACUUAGACACGAUGAAGAGGAGAAUGAAGGUGACUUAAAAGAGAGGGUAUGGGUCGAAUCGAAAAAGAUUUGGAGGGUUGCAUUACCCGGUGUAAUAUCGAGGGUUUGUGCAUUUGGAACUAUUGUUGUGACUCAAUCAUUCAUUGGCCAUAUAAGUGACAUGGAUCUUGCUGCUUAUGCACUUGUCCAAACCCUAAGUGUUCGGUUUGUCAAUGGAAUACUUUUGGGAAUGUCAAGUGCAACCGAAACACUUUGUGGUCAAGCAUUCGGAGCGGGUCAACACCACAUGAUGGGCAUUUACUUGCAAAGAUCAUGGAUCGUCGACUUCUUCACUUUAACUGUUUUACUCCCAAUUUUCAUCUUCGCAACACAAUUAUACAGACUCAUCGGAGAAGAUGAAGGCAUAGCAGUAGCCGGUGGUUACGUAUCUCUCUGGUUCAUCCCCUUCGUCUACAACUUCGUCUUCAGCUUAACGAUUCAAAUGUUUCUACAAGCUCAAUUAAAGAACAUGGUGAUCGCAUGGCUUUCAAUUUUCCAAUUCGGGAUUCAUAUUCCAUUAUCAUGGCUUCUGGUGUAUAAAUUAGGGUAUGGACUUCCUGGAGCCAUGAUUGCUUUGUCGACUUCUUCUUGGUUUCUUGUCAUCGGAGAAUUUAUCUAUAUUUUUGGUGGGUGGUGCCCGCUUUCAUGGAAAGGGUUUACAGUUGCUGCUUUUAAAGAUUUGGUCCCUGUUGUGAAGCUUUCGAUAGCUUCUGGUGUUAUGGUGUGCUUGGAGCUAUGGUACAAUGCUGUGCUAGUCUUACUUGCGGGAUACAUGGCAAAUGCAGAAGUUGCCAUUUCUGCCUUUUCCAUAUGCUUGAACAUCAAUGCAUGGGAGUUUAUGAUAAGUCUCGGCUUCUUAGGAUCUGCAGUUGUGCGGGUUGCAAAUGAACUUGGAAGAGGAAAUGCUAAAGCUACAAAGUUCUCGAUUAAAGUGUUGUUGGGAACUUCUAUCGCGAUUGGAACAUUCUUUUUUGUUCUUUGCUUGAUUUUUGGCAAAAAAAUCGCGUACUUCUUUACAGAUGAUGAAAGAGUUGCAGACACUGUUGAGGAUCUUUCUUUAUUACUUUCCUUUUCCGUGUUGCUGAACAGCAUUUAUCCAGUUCUUUCAGGCGUGGCUGUUGGAGCUGGAAUGCAGGGUACUGUAGCAAUCAUCAACCUCGUUUGCUAUUACGUGAUUGGUAUUCCAAUGGGAGCUUUGCUAGGAUAUUUAACUGAUCUUCAAGUAAAGGGUAUAUGGAUUGGAAUGAUUGGUGGCAUUAUAACUCAAACACUUGCACUUAUGUACUUAACAUGGAGAACAGACUGGGAUGAUCAGGUUAAGAAAGCUGGCGAACGGCUGAAUCGGUUUUACGUGAAAUCUUCAGACGAAUCUGAGCAGAUUUCUAACUAAUGUUCUCAGAUGGAAAGAUUGUAUGUUACAAUAUGUUCUAGUUAUUAGUAUUAUUAUUUUUUGGAUUUUGCAGCUAUUGCUGAUGAUUGAGGGGUUUGAUUCUUUCUUGUUUGAUAGAUGUUCUUUACAUUCUAUGUUAGGAGAAUAAAAAUUUGACUAGUUUAGUCCUUGUCCUAUUGAUUAUUUCUAUCUACAAUCUUUAUACAAA